AUGAUGGACAAAGUCUUCUCUCGCGACUACGACCCCGUCCCGAAAGGGGAUGCCGAUGGCGACAGCGAUGCCACCAUUACAAACAGACAAUCCCGCCGGGGCUUCCAGCAAUUUUUGAAACGAAACCUCGCUGCAAUCACCAUCACCGGCCUGCUCAUGAUCCUGCUGCUCCUGGUGAUCGCCAUAAUCACAGCCAUCACAGUGAAACCCUUCCGCAAGGUCCUUGUCGUAAAACGACCAUCCUCUGAGUCGCUCGCAUACCCCGAGUCACUCGAUGGCCAACGACAGUGCCUGCCACCAACUCCACGAGUAAGAUACUCAUGCGGCAACUCAACCAAGGAUGCCGAAGCCCUCGGCUGCGCCUACGAUCCUCUUGCUGGCUGCUGGCUGCACAAGGAAUGUCCGCAUGAUUUUACGCACGAGUUCGCGCAUUUCAACAACGGCAAGCCGUUUGUCUAUUUCUAUGAUGAGGCUGCCACACAGCAGAUGAAGGACUACACUGAACUCGGCAAUAACCCGGACUUCUAUUGGACUGCGGUCCGUGAGCAUCUAGUCCAUUGUCUGUAUCUCAUUCGACGUGGGCACGAUGUCCACAUGCGUGGUGAUCGUCUGGAUAAUAUGCUUGGGGAUCUGGAACAUGUUGAUCAUUGUACUAACAUGCUGGCUAAUUGGCUGCGGAGACCGGAUCCCGCGUUGGAAGAGAUAGGCACGCAGGGGCAGACUCAUUGCUUUAUGUCUUGUGCUUGA